GAGCUGAGGACCACAGGGAGGCAGAGAGCAGGGCUCCUUCCACUCACAGUCAGUAUGAAGUUGGCAGUUCAGUGUUUAUGCUUUUUGCAUUUCGCCCUUCUGAGUUUUGGACUGGACACGUACAUUUCACUCAGCAGAACCAAAGCCUCUCACAGUGAUGCGGGGUAUAUAAACCAAGACAGAGUGAGAAGACUGUUUGCCAAGAGGGCACUGUAUGAACAGCAGAAGACAAAAAAGUCCAGCAUUGUUCCUCAUCCUGCGCCUCAAAACGACGUUUCUCGUCCCAAAGCGCGGCUGCCGAAGCCCCCGGUGAUGCCCGGAUGCUCCCUGCUGGGACAGAGCUGCGUGCCGCUGUGCGGCUGCUGCGAUCCGUGCGCGACGUGCCACUGCCGCUUCUUCAACGCGAUCUGCUUCUGCCGGCGAGUGGAGCGAGCGAGGUCACGGUGUGGGAGCAAAAAAGCAGCGAAGAGAAGAAAGGCGAAAAAAAAGUCCACGACGAAACCCUAAACACGCGCCUGGUCAAUGGAGGAAAAGAAAAGAAAAGAAAAAAAAAGUGCCAGUCAAAAGCUUUGGACGCUUCAAAACGUCGGCGCGUGAGAAUUCAAUUUUAUUCCUCUCGGAGGAGGCAGCUGCUUGGAUUUACUAACCGAUUAAAAUCUCUAGAAGUAUUUGCAGGGCAUUUUCAGUCAUGCAAAUGUUGAAUUGUUGAUACAACUUUUGUAUAUGAACCAUGUUAUGUUUAGUGAUUACAUGGUUCCAUCAAUAUUCCAGUGAAAGGAACUCGUGUUUUUUGUCGUGUAAGUUGACAGCUUUAUGAUAAUAAAGUGCUUUUUAAAAUUU